AUGGGGGACUCAAAGCUCUGCCUUUUGCUGCUCCUCAGCACAUCCGCCUUGGCUUUUGCACAAGAUGAAGAUCAGCCAACCUGUCUGCUGGCCAAAAGGUACAAGACCCUCCACAAGUAUGAAUACCGAUAUGAAGCUGAAUCUUUGAAUGCCAUAAACGGAGCCUCACAGCUCAAGAACGGACCCAAGGCCUCAUGCACGGUUGAACUUGAAGUGCCUCAGACUUGUAGUUUCAUCGUCCGCACCACUGGCUGUAGCCUGAGUGAGGUGGUCGACAUGGACGCAGAGGGCAACCCUGUGUUCGGUCCCGCACCCAGCUCUGAUGCCUUUGCUGCUGAGAUGGAGAGAUAUCCCCUGAAGGUUGUGGUUGAUGGUGUGUACGAUGUGAAACUGUACCCUGAGGACGGUGAGACAACAACCAUCCUGAACUUCAAGAGGGGUAUCAUCUCUGCCCUGGCUGUUCCUCUGCUGGAAGAAGACAAGAACAAGAACAUGCCCACUAUCCAUGGCAAGUGCAAGACCUAUUACUCUGUCAACGCAAGAGAGGACAUUGCAACUGACAUCAGCCUCAACAGGGAUCUGUCAAGAUGUGACAAAUUUGUCCCCAUGAGAGAUCACACCAGCCCCCUGGCACUCAUCUCUGGCAUGCACUACCCUCUUGCCCAGCUGGUCAGAAGUUCACAGAACUGCAACUACAAGUUUGACAAUGAGAAGAAACACAUGACCUCUGGGUCCUGCACUGAGAAACACAUCCUCAUUCCCUUCUCUCACAAGGGAGAAUAUGGAGUUACCAAUGUUGGAAAGCAAAGACUGACUCUGGUUCAGGUUUCUCCUCACAAUGAAAGAGUCUUUGACCACAAUGAAAACAUCAAGGGUCUUCACAUGGAGGCUGUUGAGGACAAAAGUGUUGUCCAGGAUAAAGUUGCAUAUCUGAACCUCCUGAGAGAACUGGCCACUCUGCCCGAGACCGAGGGUGAGAGGAGGGCCAACCUCUUCCACAAGCUUGUCACCAUGGUCCGUGGAAUGAAGACUGAAAGCCUGAGUCCCGUCAUUCCCGAGGCUCUUGCCGUGUCUCGUGUCCUGACCUACCAGGUCCUGGCCCAGUGUGGAACCCCUGAGUGCAGCAGUGCCAUCAUGCAGAUCCUCAGGACUUUUGACAGCUCUUCACUCGAGGUUGAUGCCACUGUUUUUGCAAUGGGACUCAUGUCCAAUCCCUCUGCCCUCCUGAUCAAUGACAUGCUUGAGAUGGCCAAAUACAAGCCCAGCAAGCCAAUCAUGUAUGCCCUGAGCAAUGUUGUCAAGAGAUUUUACAAAGCUGAAGGAAAACUGAUGCCUGAGAUUCACUCUGUUGCUGAGUUCAUGGCUGCCCAGUUGGGUGACUGCUCUGGUGACAAGGACAACACUUUCAUGACACUGAGGGUUAUUGGAAACAUGGCUCCAGCUGUGGUAACAGCUAGUCCUGCACUCAGAGCUGCCGUGAUCCAGUGUGUGAACCAACCUGCAGCUUCCCCUGCUGUGCAGCAGGCUGCCAUUCAGGUCUACAGGCUGACUGCUGUCCCUCAGGAGGGCAGAGAGGUUCUCAUGCAGGUGCUUUUGGACACUGCCAGCCCCAUGCAAAAGCGUAUUGCUGCAUAUCUGGUACUUAUGAAGGACCCCCAGCCCACUGAACUGAACCAGCUGACUGAUGCCUUGCCCAAGGAGCAGGACAUACAAGUCAAGAGCUUUGUGAUCUCCCACAUUACCAACAUUUUGUCCUCAACUGAGCCAGAGACCCAAGACCUGAGACAGAAGAUUGGUGAUGCCCUGCAGGGUAAUGAGAUUGGGCCAAUUAUGGACCCAACCAAGUUCUCUCGCAACUACAAGAUUGGAUCUGUGGAGGGCAACAUGAUCUUUGAGGGUACCAGCUACCUGCCCAAGGAGGUCAUGCUUGAAAUGACUCUGAAGGCAUUUGGCUAUGACAUUGAUAUGAUGGAGAUUGGUAUGGAGGGCAAAGGAUUUGAGCCAACUGUCGAUGCCCUGUUUGGAAAGAAUGGAUUCUUUCCCGACACUGCCCUGAAGACAAUGUACUUUGUCUCUGACAACAUGCCAUUCAGAGUCAAUGAGAUCCUGCAGAACAUGCUGCCCGCUCUGAGGAAGGAUAGGAUGAAGAGACAGGCCUCCCAGAACCUGAUGAGGGACAUUGGCCGCAACCUCAACAAACUGGUGAGGGAACUGAAGACAGCACAGUCUCCAGAGGCAAUGGUUUAUCUGAGACUUUUGGGAAAUGAGCUGGGAUAUCUGAGGACCAAUGAAAUGGAGGAGAUGGCCUACUCUGCUGCCAUGAUGAUCGACAGCAUGUUCAAGAUGUUCCCAAAUGACGUAAUAAAGGCACUGUUGACCAAGGCUGACAACACAAUCUUCGCCCACUACAUCUUUAUGGACAAUGAAUUCUUCCUGCCUACUGUCACUGGCGUGCCUCUCAGGAUUGCACUGUCUGGUACUUUCACUCCUGGCAUCAAGGGUGGACUUCAGAUUGCCCGUGACAUGAGUGAAGUUACCUUCAUGCCCUCUGCUGGCAUUGAGUUUGUAACUCAGGUUGGCUCACACAUCCCUGAAUAUGUGAACUCCGGAUUAGAGAUGCACACCAACAUUUUCCACGAAAGUGGGCUCAGUGCCAAGAUCUCCAUGGGACGUGACAAUGUCAAGUUGACCAUUCCUGCGCCAAUGAGUCCCACAAAGCUCAUCAAAAUGACAAACACCUUGGUGGCAGUGACUGGAUCAGAGGUGAAGACAAUUUCCCCUAUGGUGAUGGAUAAGGUUGACGCUCGUGAGUGCACUCCCGUCUUCGCUGGAAUGACAUAUUGCACUGUCCUGCAAUACACUGAUGCUUUCUCUCAAGAGGCAGCCCCAUACUUCCCCUUCACUGGAGACAGCAAAUUUGCUGUGGAGCUCCACCCCACUGGUGAAGUCACUGAAUACACAGCCACUGUUGCCUAUGAGCUCCUCAAGGAGGGAGAAGAGGGUCGACAGAAGGUUGACGCUGUGAAGUUUAUUUUGAGGGCUGAAGGUGUGGAGCCCACUGAAGCCAGAGCAAUCAUGAAAUAUAACAGAAGGAAGAACAUCAUCACAGCCGAUAUCCAGAUCCCUGACUAUGAUGUGGAGGCUGGACUCAGGCUGGGUGUUGUUGAUGGAAACACCAAGGGCAAAGGAACUCACUCUAUCUCUCUUGACUUUAUAAACAAGAACAUCCCUCAGCUCUCCCUGGUUGGCCGUGCCAAUCUGAAGGCCAUGAAGGAAGGUAUGGUACAAGUCCAACUUCUUGUCCCCUCAAUCAAUGCUGAUGCCACUGUCACAGCUAACCUGAAGCGUGAUGAAGAAUUGGAACUGGAGCUGAAGAGUGACAUCAAGGUCAUGGCUGCCACCUCCAUGCAGAAAAUCGCAAUGAAAUAUGAUGCCAGCACGAUUGAGGUUGAGUUCAACUCUGAUGUAAACACUGAUACCACUAGCUUACCAUAUUCUGAUAUGGUUGAGAAGUAUGGCAACGAACUUCUUGACGUGCAGGUGGGGCAGACCGACAUGAAGGUCCGUCACAUCUUCAAGAAGUUUGUGGAGGCAGCAAACAACUACAUGGAAAAGUAUGGUGCUGAUAUCCCUUAUAUGCAGAACUUCAGAGUACCUGAUAUGCCUGAGAUUUCCCUGCCAGAGACGCUGUUCCUGAAUACCAAGGCAAAGGCCGUCUACCACUUCAACAAUGAGCGCUUCACCAUUUCUAUCCCUCUCCCUCUUGGAGGAAAGUCAACAGAAGAGCUUAACUUCCCACCAGCUUUGACUACACCUAAUGUGUUUCUACCUGAGUUUGGACUAGAGAUUGUCUCCAUGGAGAUUCCCAUCCCAGAGCUUGUUGUACCUGAGAGCCUGACUCUGUCCAUCCCUCUUUUUGGCAAAGCUGAAGUUUCCACUCUGAUGAGGAGUAACCUAUAUGACAUGGAGGCCUCAGUGGCUGCUGGCAAAGAUGUUGUGGAGACACCAAGCUACUCAGCUAAGUUUGAUGUGAAAGGAACCUCUCCACUUGACAUCCUCUCAAUAAAGAUUGAAGGCUCCGGGAUGUUGAGCAUCACUGAUUACAUCAAGGCCAAUUUAAAAAGCUCUUUGGUCCAUAAAUUCAUUGAAGCCAGUGUGACUAUUGUUGAGGAUGCAACAAUCACAGACAAAAUCAAUGUGAGAUCAAGCAGCAAGAUUGAAGCCACAAGCCCACUUGGUCUCAAUAUUGCACUGGAGCACACUGGUAUGGCUGGAAUCAACACUGAAGAAAUCUCUGCUGAUAGCAACUUUGAUGGAAUGUUCAAGGCUGGACCCAUGUAUGGCAAGACCAUUUCGACCCAGUCACUCACCAUCUCCCCAUUCAGGCCAGAGGCAAAGAUUGAUUCUACUGUUCAGUUUGACUCCACCAUUCUUCAGGCCAAGAACACAAUUGCAGCAACUCUUGCCAAUGGUGAAUUCUCAGUUGUGUCUAACACCAAUGUCUUUGAAGACAUCUUGACACAUGUUGCAGAGCUUUCCUUCAAAGACAGCAAGCUGUCACUGAAAUGUGAUGCAAACGCACUUGCUCUUGGUAUGAAGAUCCGCAACCAGGCUGAAGCUUCUGCUGGUGCCGGUGAAGUCAUCAUGAGAAUGGAGACAAAUGGAGACCAUUCUGAAAAUCGUGUUUACUCUCUGCUGACUGCCUCUCUUGAUGUCAAUGGUCUGGCUGUAAGCAGUGAUGCCACGGUAAAGCUCCUUGACAAUGAGGCUACUCACAAGGCUACGCUGAAAAUGGACAAGGAUGGUUUGGUCACAAGGGGAACAAACACCCUCAAGAGCCCCCUGGCCCUGGAAAACAUCUUCAGUGCUGAGCUUGAUGCUUCAAGGGCUACUCUAUCCAUUACUAACAACGCUGAAAUGCUUCCCAUCAAGGCUGAUAAUGUCAACACUCUGACCAUUACUCUCUCUAGCCUUGACUUCAACUCAAAGGCUCAAGUCACCGCAAGUGAGUAUGCCUCUUACACUCAUGAUAUCACCAUCGACCUGAAACCCUACACAGCUUCUGCAAAUGUUAAUAACAACCUGAAGCUUCUGGCGGCCAGCUUCAUUAAUGAUGUCCAGCUGCAGGCAGAGCUGUACAAGAUGGACUUGACUGGAAGCCUCAAAGCCAUCUAUGGUGAGGAAGAGAUCAAGCACACAUAUCAGGUAAACUAUGCUGAUAUGACUGCUAAUGCAAAGUGCAGCACCACUGGAAAAGUCUUUGGAACUCACAUGAGCCACAACACUGAGCUUGAAGUUGUCGGUCUUGCUGCCAGGAUCACCAAUGACGCACGCUUCAACUCACAGCCAAUGCGCUUUGACCACACCAUCCGCUGCAGUGUUGUUCCUUUUGAUUUCAACCUUGAUGCCAUUUUCAAUGCUGAUGGAGACAUGACCAUGUAUGGAAAGCACAGUGCCCAGCUCUAUGGCAAGCUCCUCCUUAGAGCACAACCCCUUGCUUUUGCUAGCUCACAUGAAUGCAGAGCAUCAUUAACCCAGCAGCUAGAUAAUGGGUUUUCCCUUGAGACCACAUUUGACAACAAGAUGGAUAAUGUCUUGUCACUCCAAGAGCAGAAAACGACUUUUAGAAUGAACUCUAAAGUGAACAAGCAUGCCUUUAAUCAAGACAUUAGUGUUUACAACACUGCUGAGGAAACUGGCAUUGAGGUUUCGGGCACCAUUCUCACAAACAUCCUCAACACAGACUCCACAGACAACCAGGAAUUUGCCAUGUCUGGCUUCGUCAAGUAUGACAAGAACACUGAAUAUCAUAUAAUUCAGUUCCCUCUAAUUGAAAGUCUGCCUGUCCUCGUAGACAGCAUCAAGAGCUUUGUUGUGCGUAUUGCAGAGGCACUGCAAGACUACAUCAACAAUGAGGAAAUGAGGGCUAAACUUGAGGCUCUUCCCCAGCAUGUAAGUGACAUUGUUUCACAACUUAAUAUAGACGGCAAGCUAAUUCAGCUGAAGACGUAUUUCAAUGACUUUACCCAAGAAUAUGUCAUCUCAAUGGAUGAUGUGGAAGCCUCUUUGAGAAACCUGAAGGUUACUGUGGAGCAGCUGCUGGCUGAUCUCACUGUUUAUAUCCAAAACUUUGCUGGUAUGAUGAAGGAGAUUAUUGUCAGUAGUACCCUGCCCGAAAACCUUAUUCAGAAAAUCCAGCAACAGCUGAAUGCCUUGAAUGAGGAGUAUGACUUCAAGGGCAUGGUUGUGUAUGUGAUUGAUACCAUAAGAGAGAUGGUCCAACAGAUUGACCUUGAAAAACUGAAGGGGAGUAGCAUCGCAUUCCUGCAUGACAUUGAUAUGAAAUAUGAAAUUAAAUCUCAACUGCAGGCAAUCAUGAGCGAUAUGAAAGAAAUAAUUGAGAUGUUUGACAUGCAGAAAUUUACUGCUGAACUGAAGAGGUUCAUUUCCUCUUUCAACUUUAAAAGUGACAUUAAGAGACUAUUCAGAAGGAUUCCCACAGAAAUCUUCAACGAUAUAACAGAUUACAUUAUGGAAAUGAUUCAGGACCUUGAUAUCCUCGGUAAGAUCAACACAUUCUAUGCCAAGAUGAGAGAGUUGAUUGUCAAGUUUGAGGCUGACAAAAAGGUUCAAGCUAUCUUGGAAAAUGCUGUGGAGCUCAUCAAGCAGUUCAGAAUUGAGGAAACCAUUAGAGCUGUAACCAAGAUGGUGAAGGAUGCUGACUUUGUAAACAAAUUCAUGCAAGUCCUCCAGGGUGCUAUCAACUACCUGAAAGCAAGUGAGGUCAAGGAUAUAAUUCAAGAUCUGAAUAUGUAUAUUGAAGCUAUUCUGAUUGAGCUGAGGACAAUGGACUACAAUGACUUUGUCACAUCUGCCAAUCGACUUAUUGCUCAAUACACAGUUUACGUGAAUCAGAUUAUUAGGAAUCUUGAAAUCCCCCAGAAGCUUGAGGCAACAAGAGAUUUCGUCAACCUCGUCUUAUCGUCUGGUAGAGGCUUUAUGGAACAACUGAGAGAAAUCAAAGUUGCAGAAAUAAUUAAAUCUGUAAUGGAUAACAUUGACCAGCUUGUGUUUGACAACCUGAGGGGAUUUGCUGAAUUCAUAAAACGGGAAAUUACAAAUUUUGAUGUCAAAGCUGAGAUUACCUCUUAUCUGAAGUCUGUGAGCUCAUUCUACAGGACAGUCAUAAACAUCACCACUUCUAUAUUCACCGAUAUGGUUAGGAUGAUUAAAAACAUGGUACCUGACCAAAAAAUUAUCAGUGAGAUUCAGCAAAUCAUUGCUGGGCUCACUACUGAACUUAAGAAAGCUGAGUGGAACACGCCAUCCUUCGUCAUUCCUUUCACUGAUCUUGUUGUGCCUUCUACAAAGUUCCGCAUGGAUAGACUUGGACAGUUUGAAAUCCCAACACAGCUGGACAUCCCUGAAUUCACUAUCCUGGGCUUCCACACUGUGAAAGCCACCACAGUUUCAUUUGAUGACAUUAAGCAGAGAAUCUUCGAACUUAUUGAUUUCAUUGCUAACUUUGAGCUCAAAAUGCUUGAUGUGGAUGCUAUCUUUGGAGACCUGACAAUGAACUACCUUCCUUCCAUGCCUGUGAUAACCUUGCCAGAAAUUACUCUUCCUGAGAUCUCAUUCCCUACCAUCCCACAAGUUCCUGUAGAAAAGCUUGUUAAGUCUCUUCAGGUUCCUGAGAUCAAGCUCCCAACCAUUCCAAGUGAGAUCAUGCUCCCAUGCUUUGGAAAACUCCAUGGUGAGAUCAGAUUCAAGACUCCUAUCUACACUGUAAAGACAUCUGCUGAGUUCCAGAACUCUACUGAGACUGAAAUGACACCUAAAUUCACUGGAUUCCUUACUUCCGAGGCCACAUCUCCAAGUUUUGACAUCCUUAAUUACAAACUUGACUCCACUGUUCGUAUUGCCAUCCCAAAAAUGAGCCGUGUUGUCAUUUCAGAGACUCUUAAUUUGAACCAUCAAGCUCUUGGAGUUGAACAUCAGGCAUCUGUAACUCUGUAUGGCCCAUCAGCCCAGGCCGAAGCAAAAACGACAAUUAAGGUUAUCACUUCACCUUACACUGCUGACUUUGUGAAUACAGCCUUUAUCGCUAUGGGAGGAGGAAUGUCUGCCUCUCUUGAGACAACUUACACUCAUUUAGUGGACCUCCCAGUUGUCAACAUCAGAAAUGAGGCCACUGUAACCCAGAAAACAAUUGCUCGCCAAAAUGGCUACACCCUCACUCUAGCAGUUGACAAUUCAGGCAACGGCAAGUUUAAUGAUGAAGAUGGCAACCACAAGAGCAACUUCCAUUUGUCACUCACUCCCAGCAUUGUCACUCUAACUUUCUCUGGUGAUACAGACUCUACUGUCUUAAAGAUGAAACAGCAAAUUACUGCUGAAUCUGGCACCCUUUCUUAUUUCAAGUUUAAUGUCCGCAAUGAGGCAGAAGCACCAGUUAUUAAGAACAGUCUUUUUGUAGCAUCUGGACAUGCCAACCUUUAUGAUAUGAAGGUCGAGGUGAAAGCAAACCAUGAUACAGAAUUGUAUGGUGCAGUCAGUGGAGUCCUGUCCAAUGGAAUUAAUAUUUUAGCCCAUCCUCUUGAGUUUGUCUUUGAAUUCCAAAACAAAGGAAAUGCCAAGGUCAACAUUUUUGAAACUCUGACUGCUAAGAUAGAGCUUCAGAACGAUUACUCAGCCAUCUUCAAGCCUGACAACCAACAGUUAAACACUGUCGCUCUGGCCCGUCUUAAUCAGUACAAAAUGUUCUACAACUUCACUGUUGACAAUAAUGAAAAUGAGGCUGGUAUCUUUGGUGCCAUGGAAAGUGAGGUCAAUCUUGACUUCCUGACAUCCCCCAUCAACAUUCCUGAGAUUGACCUGCCUUUUGUUGACUUCCGUACUCCAGCUAUCAGUGAUCUAAACUUGUAUGAGCAGACUGCAUUGAAGAACAUUUUGACUACCACUGAGCAAACUGUGGAUAUGGAUGCAAAGAUUGUUUACCAGAAAAGCCGGGCUGCCCCCCUUGUUGACAUGAUGGGUCUGAUCCAGAUUCCCUCUGUGGGUAACCUGAUUACAGAGCUGUCCUUCAAGUCUGCCAUCAUUAAUCUGAAUGUCAAUGCUGGACUGUAUGCUGAGGAUGAUCUUGUCUUCCGUUUUGGAGCUACCACAGCCUCUGUGUUUGAGGCUCUAAAAGCCAAACUUGAUGGCACCACCAGUCUGACCACCAAGAGAGGAAUCAAGUUGGCCAAUUCCCUGUCCCUUGAAAAUCAUCACAUUGAAGGCACUCAUGGCAGCACCAUCACUGUGAGUACUGAGACUUUUGAAACAACAGUCUCUGUGGCUACUGUUGCAAAGAUUGCCCUGCCCAUAUUCAACCUGGAAGCAAACCAAAAUCUGGUUGCAGACACUAAAACCAAAGCAAAUGCUGUGUCCACCUUGAGUAUGAAAAGUGAUUUCAACAUCCCUGUGAUCAACGCUGUUGGAAAGACCCAGGCAGACCACAGUCUGAAGCUGGAGGGAACCUUUGAGUAUAUUUCCAUGGAGGCAUCCACUAGGGCAAAUAUGGAUGGCACUAUGCUUGAAGAUUAUCUAGUUGUGGGAGUCCUGGAUAAUGAGGUUAAUCUGUAUCUGAAUAAUGAUGGCCUACGCUCCUCCUCCAAAGUUAUUGGAGAUGCCAAACUUAACUAUGGCACCACCAAAGUCAUUGGCAUGGAUGUAAAUGAGAAUCUUGCUGUUGAAGCCUCCCUGAGCCGUGUGUAUGCAGUGCUGAAGUAUACUGGCAACAAUGAGGCAAACUUGUUCAAUUUCAACACCAACGGGAAACAUGUUGCCCAGGCAACAAUUGAUCUUGCACCAACCUCUUCCUUGACUGCUGAUAUUGAGAUUGACAUUUCUCAGCCAAGCAGCCUGGGUGACUUCACCAUCUUUGAGAAAACGGUUGCUGAAGUGACAGCCAACAAACAGAAGAUGUCUACCAAUGUCAAGUUUGCAAGCCCUCUGUACACCACAGACCUGGCAACUGAAGUGGAUGGCAGAGCUCCUGUCUUCAAAGUCACCUUUAGGUCCUCAGCCACUUCUGUCAUUGUGCUCUUAGACUAUGAGAUGGAUGCUUCUACAACUGCAAACUUUGAGAAUGACGCUCUGAACGUGAUUAGCAAGGUUGUCCUGACACAUGCUGAACUGACCAUGGAUGUCAAUCAUGUCAUUACCCAAGCCUUGAGGAGAAAGCGCCAGGCUGUUGACAGCUCCUCUCAUCAUACUCUGAAUGUGGACAUCACCAGUCCUACUUUCACUGAUGUCAACCUUCGUUAUGCUGCCCGCAGAGAUGCUAUCAGUGCCUCAGUAUCUACCCCGUCCACUGGCUUUCUGGGCUUUCAGGUUAAUGGCAGAGUUCCAUCUCAGAUGAGUGCAAGGGUCUAUGGCCGUUAUCCUAAUGCCCCAGAUGUUGAUGUUGACAUGUUGGUCAUCAGAUCAUCUUCUAAGGAUGCUGAUAAGAUUAACCUACAGAUUAUCUACAACAUGGACGUACCCAAAUUAAUGCUGUCUGAAGUCAAGACAAGACUGCCUUCUAUCAUAAAUGCAUUCACAGUGUUUGCUGACAAAUACCAGAUCACAGGGAACAUGGUGGAGUUGAGGAACACUGUUGUUGACCGCAUCAAUGAGGCCUAUAACACUGCAAUCAACUAUGAUGUUCAAAUGAGCGAGCUGUCAAUCUUUUUCAGGAACAUCAUUGUCCAGUACCAGAAGACUGUCCAGGUCUUCCUGGAUGCUGUUAUCAAGGUCUUGAGGGAGACCCAGUUCAAACUGCCUGGGUCUGAUGAGGUGACCACUCUCCCUGAGGUUCUAAAAAAGCUGACCAGCAGCAUUGCUGCUCUCCUAGAUAUGACCAUCCAGAGUAUUUAUGAGAACAUGGAGGUCUACUAUAAUUUCUUUGUUGAUAAGAUCAGCAGUAUUAAAUUACGAAUGCCAGUUGGUGACGCAAUCACUGGAAACCAGAUUUUGGAUCAGGUCAAAACAGCUUUCAAGAAUAUCUUCAAUGAACUUGUAGACUUUGUGAAAAAUAUGGAGAGUCUUGAUACAAUGUUAGUGAAGAUAGGUGAGACCCUGCAGGCUGUUGUUGAGAAAUCUCAGGAGUUUGUGGACUCUGUCAAGUCUGACUAUUUAGAUGAAGUUUUCAUCAACAUCAACGUCCUCUAUCGUAACCUUAUCACAGUUCUAAAGAAUGCUGUUGACAAGAUCUCUGCCUUAAAUAUGGAGGAGUUCAACAAUCAAUUUGAGAAAGUUAUGGACAUGUUCAUUUAUGUAGUGGACCAGUUCAGACAGACUGUUUAUGAUUUCCUGCAGAACGCUUCAGCUGAGGCUCAAACCUACAUGAAAGUUUAUGAAGGAAGGCUUCAGAUUGACCUUCCAUUUCCAUUCCAACAGUGA